AUCGCCGCAGUCGAUUACUCUUUCAAAUUUUAAGUGCGCUGUGCGGAACGUAAAUCUAAGCAAACUGGAUACAUUAGGGUUCAAAUAUUUCCAUCAACGGAAAAUGGGCACAGCGGGCGAUCGCCUGUUAGAUAUUCCCUGCAAGGUGUGUGGCGAUCGGAGCUCCGGCAAGCACUAUGGAAUCUACAGCUGCGAUGGCUGCUCGGGCUUCUUCAAGCGGAGCAUCCAUCGAAAUCGGAUUUACACCUGUAAGGCCACCGGCGAUCUCAAGGGUCGAUGUCCUGUGGACAAGACCCAUCGCAACCAGUGUCGCGCGUGUCGCCUGGCCAAAUGCUUUCAGUCGGCCAUGAACAAGGAUGCUGUGCAACACGAGCGCGGUCCUCGGAAGCCAAAGCUGCACCCGCAACUGCACCACCACCACCACCACGCUGCGGCGGCUGCAGCGGCUGCCCACCACGCAGCAGCGGCGCACCACCACCACCACCACCACCACCACGCCCACGCCCACGCAGCGGCCGCCCACCAUGCAGCGGUGGCCGCGGCGGCGUCGGCGGGCCUGCACCACCACCACCACGGCGGCCACCUCCCCGACUCCCUGGUGACGAACGUCUCGGCCUCGUUCAACUACACGCAGCACAUCUCCACGCACCCGCCCGCGGCGGGAGUGCCUCCCGGUGGCUUCCACAUGGCCUCGGGUGGCCAGCAGCCGGGAGGGGCCGCCCCGAGUGGGCACCUCCACCACCCGGGAGCCGGCGGACACCAGCAGCAGCACGCCACGGCCUUCCACCACCCGGCGCAUCCCGGACACCCGCUGGCCGCACCACAUGGCGGCCUGGUCAGCAACGCGAGUGGCACCGCCAGCUCCAUCUCGAGCUCGGGAUCCGCCGUCGGUGGCGCCGCACUGCCCUUCCCCCCGCACCUGCUGCACCACAACCUGAUCGCGGAGGCGGCCAGCAAGCUCCCGGGCAUCACCGCCACCGCCGUGGCCGCCGUGGUCUCCUCCACUAGCACGCCGUACUCCUCGGCGGCGCAGGCGGCGUCGCCCGGCAGCAACAACCACAACUACUCCUCGCCCUCGCCCAGCAACUCGGUUCAGUCGAUCUCGAGCAUCGGAUCGCGGAGCGGCGCCGGCGAGGAGGGCCUCAGCCUGGGCAGCGAGAGUCCGCGGGUCAACGUCGAGACGGAGACGCCCUCGCCCUCUGCCUCGCCGCCUUUGAGUGCCGGCAGCAUUUCGCCGGCCCCCACGCUGACCACCUCCUCGGGGUCCCCGCAGCCCCGCCAGACGUCGCGGCACAGCCUCAGCGAGGCCACCACGCCCCCCAGCACCGCCUCCCUGCUGAUCCGCGCCAACAACAACAACCACGGCGAGCACGGGGACCACGGAGAGCACGGGAAACAGGCCAGCUUCACGUCCGGAUCGCCGACGCCGACCACGCCCACUCCGCCGCCCCCGCGGGCGGUAGGAGGCGGAUCCUGCCCCGGGGCGACGGCCUCCAGCGGGUUCCUGGAGCUGCUGCUCAGCCCGGACAAGUGCCAGGAGCUCAUCCAGUACCAGGUGCAGCACAACACGCUGCUCUUCCCGCAGCAGCUGCUCGACUCGCGGCUGCUCUCCUGGGAGAUGCUGCAGGAGACGACGGCGCGCCUGCUCUUCAUGGCGGUGCGCUGGGUCAAGUGCCUCAUGCCCUUCCAGACGCUCUCCAAGAACGACCAGCACCUGCUUCUCCAGGAGUCCUGGAAGGAGCUCUUCUUGCUCAACCUGGCGCAGUGGACCAUUCCCCUGGACCUGACGCCCAUCCUCGACUCGCCGCUCAUCCGGGAGCGGGUGCUGCAGGACGAGGCCACGCAGACGGAGAUGAAGACGAUCCAGGAGAUACUCUGCCGCUUCCGCCAGAUCACUCCCGACGGCAGCGAGGUGGGCUGCAUGAAGGCCAUCGCGCUGUUCGCCCCGGAGACCGCCGGCCUGUGCGAUGUGCAGCCGGUGGAGAUGCUGCAGGACCAGGCGCAGUGCAUCCUCUCGGACCACGUGCGGCUGCGCUACCCCCGCCAGGCGACCCGCUUCGGGAGGCUGCUGCUCCUGCUGCCCUCGCUGCGCACCAUCCGGGCGGCCACCAUCGAGGCGCUCUUCUUCAAGGAGACCAUCGGCAACGUGCCCAUUGCCCGGCUGCUGCGCGACAUGUACACCAUGGAGCCGGCCCAGGUGGACAAGUGAGGCGGUGCAUGGCGGUGAUGGGACCCGGAUGGCCACCCUGACAGUAAUCAAAACGCACUCCGCAGCCUCUAAGCGGCAUCGGUCGUUGCCACCUGCGAAAAUAUUUGUAUUCGAGUGCGACCCAAAAAGUAUUCAGAUUCCCCGCGAACGGAAAUGCCAAAUGCCAAAAACUGGCCAACUCGCCCGGACAGCAGCUGCAGAUGCGACAGUUCGCAGGGAGCCAUGUAAUAGAUAUGUAUAAGCUCGGUCCUCCCUUCGAGGGGGAGGGGGCUGGCCACGCCCCCCGCAACCGCCCCUCCCACGCCUUGAUUUAUCGUCAGCAAUGCGUCGCGCUCUCUUUACUUUCGUUUCAUUUUCUAACAUUUUUAUUCUUAUUUUAUUUCAUCUUUUUGCCCGGAUUUUUCUUUUUGACUGCCUGGGCGGCGCUCUUUAUUUAUCUUUCAUUCGACGUUUUGUCGUCGCUGUUCUAAAAAUUCCCCAUGUUAUUUCAACCUGGCAAGGACCACCAUUUCCCAUUCCCAGUCCCAUUUCCAUGUCCAUGUCCAUGUCCUUACUUACAAAUCACUCAAAUGCCAGAUAUACGUACUAUACCGAAUUCGUUGUCGCACAAUUGUUAACCUUUUUUCGCGCUUUAGCUUUGAAAUACCCUCUAAUAUUUGCCAAGUGCGAUUUAAGCUUGUUCCUUUUUAGACCUAAUUGAAUCAAUAUUUUCUGCUUUACCAAUGGAGUUAAAGCGAAAAACUUGUUAGGCCUUAAAAAUUAAAUUAUUAACUAGGAAAAUGCUACGGUUUUGAUUUGGCUAUACUAGAGGGUAUUUCAAAUCGAAGGUAAUACGACCACCCUUUAUUUACGAGCCUUUUGCUAUACCUUUCUACCUUCUCCUUAGUUUUCCUUUUUUUCCUAUGGGGUAACAUUCCGGAUAACGCGUUUAGAAAUCGUGAAAAUGAAAAAACAACUUUGCCGCAGGUCAAACGACCAAAUUUAUGUUGCAUGUUAUGCCUUACUGUUACUGUUGGC